AUGGCUAUUUCGAGAGUCUUCUUCUCUGACCUGAAGUCCGGCAGAUGCUCUUCCGUCGUCGAAGCCCGGCUUCUACGGUUCUGGGAGGCGAGGAACGUCAAGCGGGGUGGCGAGCUGAUGUGGGUCGAUAUGCUGCUUAUGGACGUGAAUUCGACUUUGAUGCAAGCUACUAUCAAGGCGAAUCGGCUUCCAAAGUUCCGAGAUAGACUCGCCGCCGGGACGAUUUAUUCUGUUUCUGGCUUUGACGUGGCCCGCUGUGCUCAGAACUUCAAGAUUGCGGACUCUUCUUUGAUGAUCCGGUUUAGCGAUUCCACCGAGUUUGACGUGUUAUCUGAUCCGGUCUCACCAAUACCUGCGGAGGGGUUCCGGUUUCGUAACCAAACCGAGUUGGUUGGUUUAGCCAAUACAAACACUCAACUUCCAGGUACCGAUGUGAUCCCACUGAGCCUUUGA